AAUACGUUAGUGGGUUACCUAGGCAACCGGAAACUGCUAGACCAACCGCCAGCUUCAUCCUCCACUUAGAAAAAUAUUUUUCCUCUGUUGGUUUGCGAGUGUUACUGGUGCUUUUAACACAACACCGGGAUGGGUCAGCAGAUCUCAGGUCAGGGAGUUAUGAACCAGCUCCGUCAGAAGCUGGAGAAAUGUUUAGAAUUGCUUCGUGACAGUCGCUACUUAACUUACGAGGAGUUCCUGGGAAGACUGGCUGAACUUAAUGACAUUACUGCUGAACAGCAGAAUGACCUGCUGUUUGAAGUGCAGCCAGGAUCUGAUGCUACAGCCUUGUGGAAAGUGGCUGUCAGGGUUGUGUGUACCAAGAUCAGUAAGGAGAAUGGCAUGGUGGAAGCAUCGCAGAUCAUGAACCUGUAUCAGUUCAUCAAGCUGUAUCAUGACAUCGCCAGCCAGAGUCUUCAGGUGCCGUCUGCAAAGAGCCCCUCUACUGAGCUCCUGGCUGACUCCUGCCAGGCCAGCAGGAGUGGCCAGAGCCUAAGCAACCUAGCAUGUCAUCUGCAUGUGACUGCUGACAGCGAAUCAUGGGUAAUAUCUGAUCUUCAGAGACUACUUCCCUAAUGUGACUAAUGAGGGAAGCCACCCAUACAUGCUUUAAAAUGUCGAAUACUUAGCUAAGUACAUAGGAAAUGGAGAUACACCCACAUAAGAAGACUUUUUCCUCCUAAAGAGCAAGAUAGAAAAUAAUCCAGCAGGUUUCUUCUCUCUAUAUUCUUUGUGACAGCCUCUGAAAAUGAAAAUCUCCUCUUUUAAGUCCUAAAAAUCCCAGGAUGCUUUUUGAAACCAGUUUUGUGAUAUGUUGUUUGAAGUGAAAAAUAAAUCUGUAUUUGUAUAUUAUAAUAAAUUGUAACAUUCACGGA